CUUCUUCUUCUUUCUUGUUUCUUCUGCCGCAAGUAACUACUACUUGUACUUCUCUUCCUCUAUCCCAAGGAAGCCCGAAGAAGAACAAAAAAAGUUCGAGAAGCUUUAAACUGAAGUAGAGCCGUGCCAUGCCUUUCUUCUUAUUCCUUCUGUCGCAGAGCAGGCGAUGCUUCGCGAAACAUGGAGGAAGCGGGAGAUCUGGCACCGAUUCGCGAAAUAAGGGGGAGGCGGGAACAGUUAAGCGGCAAGCAAAUGUUUUUACCGGGCUCCACCUCAACAAUCUAUAAGUUCCUUAUAAAGUGGUUGCUUGAUCAUCCGAGUUUUCAAUCAAAUCCUUUUUAUGUUGCUGGAGAUUCAUAUGGAGGGAAAAUGGCACCUCUGUCUGCUCUAGAGAUUGCAGAUGGCAAUGAAAAAUUUCAGCAACCCUUUGUUAAUCUCAAUGGUUAUUUAGUUGGCAACCCAGUUACAGGGUGAAAGGAUUAACAUCAGUUCUCAACCUCCUUAUACUUAUGGAACGGGACUGAUUUCUACUAAAGAAUGAUCAUCUGCUUUCUUAUUAUUUGUCGAAUGGCCAUCUCACCAAAGAGACUCUUCAUAUCAAAGAGGUAUGUGACUAUGAAUGCGACGAGCGGAGCUGAGUUAUUCUAUUACUUUGUGGAGUCUGAAAGAAAUCCAAGCGAAGACCCACUCCUCCUGUGGCUAAUUG